UCGUUUGACAAAGAAUUCCUUAUUCAAAAUGCACCGCCAUUUUCUUUGUCUAAGCUUGUUCAUUUUCGCGGGCUAUUGCGAUGCGAACUAUUGCCGGGACGCGAACCUGUGCUGCCCGGGGAGGGAUAGUUCCUGCGUCGUUCAGAAGGCGCACCAGAACGCCAUUAUUGAGGACCUAACCGACAAGCCCUGUUACUGUGACCACGCUUGCUUGAAAUUGGGAGAUUGUUGCCCGGACUUCCGGGAGACUUGCGGAGUGAUCGAUUGCGUUGUUUCAAGCUGGGGCUCGUGGUCGGAAUGCGACACGACCUGCGGGUCUGGAAGCAUGGUGCGGACGCGUAGGAUCGUGCAAGCCCCAGCGCAUGGAGGGCGGCACUGCCCCUCGCUCGUGCAGCGGAGGGCCUGCCAAGAACAUCAGGGAUGCUCGUCAGAUAGUGACGUACCAUUACGAGAUGAAACAGCGAUGCUCUUACCGGGAGGACUUUCGGUCAGUCGACAUUCGAACGAGACCGUGGACAUCCGCAAGAACUUGAGGCUUCGCAAUCCAGACGAUCCUGAAUCUAAUUCGCACAGAGAGUACUGCGCUCAAUACGAAGUGACUAAAGUCUCGAAAGCCUGCCACGCGGAUUCGGACUACAAAGCGUUGAGGGAAGGCAAUACUGUAUGCGUGCUUUGCGAGUCGGCCGCUUUAAGACGUGACUUGAAAUGGAGAUGUAAUGGCCAUGGCGUCUCUGGACACACGACGCGCUUCUACGCGCUCGUAGCUCCACACUGUCACGGGAAGUGGAUCAGAUCCGACCACGACCUGGACAAGACAAGCGACUGCUGCACCAACCCUGACUUCAUCUUUGUUUGAGAACGCAAGACAAAAAAAAAAU